CUGGUGUGUCGUCGCUGACUUCACUCAGCAAACUCCGACCUCAACUAUCUGCAAAGUGUCUGCAAAGUGUGUGCAAGCGUAGCAGCCACAGCGAAUUUUGUGGGGACUAUGAAGAUUGUGACUUGGAAUAUAAACGGAAUCCGGACAUUCAAACAUGCAAUUAAGAAAACAUUGGAUUCGUUUGAUGCAGACAUUAUAUGUGUUCAAGAAACCAAAGUCACACGUGAUUUGUUGGAGGAAAGAAGCGCAGUCGUAGAUGGUUACAACUCCUACUUUAGUUUCUGCAGAGGACGCAGUGGUUACUCAGGUGUGGCUACGUUUUGCAAGGAUAGUGCCACUCCAUUUGCUGCAGAGGAGGGAUUGACUGGUGGUCUUUCAAAUAAUGGUGCUGAAGCUGUUGGUUUCUAUGGUGACCACGAAGACCUCUCCACUGAGGAGCUGCAGCUAUUGGAUAACGAGGGCAGAGCUGUCAUAACGCAGCAUCAGAUAAUGGGUUCAGAUGGAUCACAGACUCUUUCGGUUGUGAAUGUAUACUGCCCGAGGGCUGACCCAGAGAAGCCAGAACGCAAACUCUUCAAACUGCAGUUCUACCGGCUCCUUCAGGCCCGCGCAGAAGCUCUUCUGGCAUCCGGGAGCCAUGUGAUUGUAUUGGGGGAUAUCAAUACCUCUCACCGGCCGAUUGACCAUUGUGAUCCUGAUGGUGAUACUUUUGAAGACAACCCGGGCAGGAAGUGGCUUACCCGUUUCCUGUUUGGUGCUAAAGCUGCUGAGGAUGAUGAUGAAGAAGAACAUGAUCAAGAAGACGAAGAUCAUUGUGACGAUCGCUCCAACGCGCCAACAGUGUCCCGUUUACAUCACUCCGACUCUCUUCACUCUUCGCAAACGUCAACAUCGUCCUCUGGUGGAAAAUUUGUGGACACCUUCCGCCAGUUCCACCCCACACGGCCGCAGGCGUUCACCUGCUGGAACACGCUGACCGGAGCGCGGCAGACCAACUACGGCACACGCAUCGACUACAUCUUCGCCGACCACGCUUUGGCAGAGCUGUUUGUGAGCGCGGACAUCAUGCCCGAGGUGGAGGGCUCCGACCACUGCCCUGUCUGGGGCCAGCUGCGCUGCGAGAUCCAACCCAGCCCCCGUUACCCAGCCCUCUGCACGCGCUACAUGCCCGAAUUCGCCGGCAAACAACAAAACCUCUCCCGCUUCCUGGUCAAGAUUGCUGACAAGCCGCAGCAUCCAGCAGGCACAGCUGAUUCCCAAGGAGAGGCAGAGAAUCAGGAUACCCAGAGGAGUCAAAAGAAUGUCAGCCAUUUUGGUUCAGGGGUUGAGGGUGGUAGGAAGCGGUGGCUCGAUGGGACAGCAGCAGAGGCCUCCGUACCAAAGAGCAAGAAGAGCAACGCGGGCAGCAAGGCAGCAGCAGCAGUGAAAUCACAGGGAAGCCUAUUGAACUUUUUCAAACACAAAGGACUAACCGCGAAACAGACAGAAAAAACAACACAUGACCAGUCGGCCAGUGGGCCUACAGAGGGAAACGGGCACUCCCUACAAGAGAGCCUGUCUGGUAAUCAACAAGGUGGGAAUGAUCUAUCCCAGGACAUCACCAAAGAUCAGGAAUUGGCCAAUGGCAGAGACAUGCCAAUUGGAGAUGCAGGGGAAUCAAAGAAAGGGACGUGCCCAGCUUUCUGGAAGACGGUCCUGUGUGGUCCGCCACAGCCGCCCCUCUGCAAGGUCCACAAAGAGCCCUGCGUCCUGCGCACGGUCAAGAAGGCAGGCCCCACCAUGGGGCGCCAGUUCUUUGUGUGUGCACGACCGCAGGGACAUGCCUCAAACCCCCAGGCCAGGUGUAACUUCUUUGCCUGGGUGGACAAGGGAAAGUAGAACACAGCCUCCCAGAAUUUCUACUGCCAAUAUUCCAUCAGUACUCGCAAUUCUUUCGGAAUAUGACUUGAUAUGUACAGAAGGUGGUUUUCCAUCAUUUGUAUUUCAGUACACUGUUUGAGAGCACUUGAACAAUUUUAGAAUUUGCAAUGGUGUGAUUUUUUUUAAUCAUUUUUCAAUUACUUGUAUAUAAUAUGAAGAUGUGAUGUUUUUACAAAAUAAUAAACUGAAGUUAUUUCUAUUU